AUGACCUCAACUCCAUCAACAUCCUUUGUUUAUGCGGCGAAGCUGAUGACAACAACGCCGCUGCCGGUAGCCGAUGGAGAUUUUAAUGACACUCAUCAUGGAGCACCCGGAAAGCCGCAAGUAACGCUGUGCGAUUGCUUGAGCCGCCUGGAACAGAGUUGUUUGAGGUAAUAAAAGACGGUUAUCUUUACUGAACUUUCACUGUGUAGAUUUGAAUAGGACCUAGUCUACUUUUGUACCAUAAAUCAGAAGGAUUACUAAACAGUUGUAGGUAGUUUAUUCGCUAUAAAAGGGGCUUUUUGUGGUUGUGAGGAGGCUAGGGUUACAAGGGAAGUUCUCUAAUAGUAAGCCCAGAUUUUUUUAUCAAAUUUUCUGUAAACUUUGCACACUUGUAAGGCAUAGCCCACAUAUUAAUUACUGAAAGUUUUAGUUCGUGCAUUGCAGGCGCAGUCAAGAUAUUCAAUAGACUUUUCGGCCGAGAGAACAUGCGAAAGGCGGAAAGUGGUCACAGAAAAACAAACUUUUUUAGUUUUCUUGCUAGUUUCACGCGGAAAAAAUAGUUUUUUAUUGAAACAUCACCCACUACUGCAGAUAAAACCAUUAAACUUUUCGUGCCAAAAUUCGCAAAAAAAUGUCAUAUUUUUUUGCAAGUUUCAAUCUAAAAAUCUCAGUCGUUUCCGCAAAGCGCGAUCUUGGAGUCUCCGAAAUACCUUAUUAGAAAGAAGUAAUAUUCAUAAUUAUAUUUGUGUCAAGUUUCAUCAAAAUCUAAGCGUCGCACUUUGGGUCCCGCCCCAGUUAGUCUACAAUGUUUGAAGCUUCAAAAAAAUCGUUAAGCACAGGCUUCGUUGUAUAUGGAUCCGUAUCGAAAGCUAUUUUAUCUUUACUUUAUAGACUUUUCACCAAGCGACAAUAAAAUUUUAAAACUCAACACGCAUAGAUACGGCGUAUUUUACAAUAUUUUACAACUCAACCCUGCUUCGUCCAAUAAGUAAAACCUAAUUUUUUUCAGGUCUCGAGAACCAAUCCCAGUCAGCAUGCUCAAUUACAACUCGGAUCUCGGCCGAAUGAUGUACUCGUUGGCGAUUAUCGGGAUGUUCUCGAUGAUCAUCCUGCUCCUCAUGGUGCGCUCAAUCAAACGGUCCAAUUCCACAAUCGAGGUAGGGUUUAUAACAUUAUUAGAAUCGUUUUGUAUUUAGAAGUCCAUAUUGGGAAUAAAAUACGGGUUCAUUUACAACUUUUAAAAACUAAAUAUCAGUCUGUCGGGAAAAUAAUGAGCACAAUGUCGCUGCUCCGAUCGUGUCGCUGAAGUGAAAAGCAAUUUGAUUUUUUCACAACGCAAUUCAUUUUUUCGGCGGCCAUGUGAUUUUCAAUGCGACAAAAUGCUCAUUAUUUUCCCGACAGACCUGAAAAAUAAUCUUCCAUUUUUCCAGGUCGAAGCCCUUUUGGAUGCCAUGCGAUUCCGCGAAGAGUUGGACCUUCAACAACGCCAGAAACGUCGUCUGCAGAAGGCCAAGAGCAAGGUGACCGCAUGGCUCACCAAAACCAAUGGAAAGCUGUGGACCAGCUCCCCUCAAAUCAUCUUGCCCAACAAUGGCGCUACGAGCAGCGCCAAUGGAAAAGUGCAAACUGCGCAGAAGAAACCGGUGCCGAAGAACACACGGAACGACUCCAUGCAGUGAGUACAGUGACGGACCUGAUCCAGUGGCAAAAAACGUAUCAUUUCGUAUCCGGGAAGUAUCAAAAAUGUGGCAAAAUGCCUCCCUCUGCAACUAAAAAAACUCCGUUUUGAAGGGUUUCCCUCACAAAAAGAGCGGGCGCGUUCUUGGAAACGGAGUUUUUUAGUUGGAAAUGGAGGCAUUUUGCAGCAUUUUUUGAUACUUCCCGGAUGCAAAAUGGAACAUUUUUGCCACUGGAUCAGGUCGAUCAGGUUGCAAUUUUUGAUAGACCAAAUUAAAUUUAAGCUCUGCCUGUUAUAGCCAUCUCAGCGAGAGAACAAGUCAUUCACCCCGCAUUUUCAGGUCUUCCGGCUCAUUUCUCCCGGAAAUCGUCAUCUCCAACAGUGAGGACAUGUACAACAGACGCCAGAACAGCUGUACCCCAUCGUUGUCCCUGUUGUACGACUUUGAUCUGCGCUCCAGAAAGAAUUCGGCGUAUACGGAGCUGUCCGAGACCAUCGACUUGAGUCAAAUCAGCGAUUUAAGUUUCUCCAACGAAUUGGACCCUCAUUGCAUCGCAGCGAGUCCACAGCCCCUGGGGUCGCAAUACAGCUUGAAUGUUGUGGGUCAGAGCUCAAUAUAAACUUGUACAUGAACAUAUUUUUUCGAUUUUCUUCAAUAAACUUUACAUACAAACAAAUUGUGAUGACUUAUCAACCUGUCGGAAAAAUAAUGUGGAUUUGGAGACAUUUUGCUGCGAAAAAUCCACAUUAUUUUCCCGAUAGACUGAUAAUCUUGAAUUGCUUUGCAUUGUUCAUUUUUUUGCUGCUUGCAUCGUGCAAUAGGUUUUUUUGGGCUGUCGCUCGCUCUCUGGCUUUUUCUGAACUCUCUAAACGCCAAAAACCACUCCAACGACUUUACUAACGAAGUAAUGUCUUGCACAUUGCUGAAAACGCUGAGAUUUUUAAGCCUAAAGUUGCUUGAGAUCAAGUAUUUUGUGAGGGGCUGUUCACCCACCCCCAUCCCCUUGCUCUUCAAAAUGCCUUGGCUACAAAUCGCGAUAACUAUCUUGUGCCUGCGAACCUCAAGGAUACAUAACUUAAGGUGUAUACGUGUUGAAUUUCAACCUACAGUGACGGACCUGAUCCAGUGGCAAAAAACGUAGCAUUUUGCAUUCGGGAAGCAUCAAAAAUGUGGCAAAAUGCUUCGCUCUCCAAAUGAAAAAACUUUGUUUUGAAGGGCACGUCAUUUCCCUCACAGAAAUCGCGUUUUUGAAACCGGAGUUUCUCACUUGGAAAGGGAGGCAUUUUGCCACAUUUUUGAUGCCUCUCGGAUGCAAAAUGGUACGUUUUUUGCCAUUGGAUCAGAUCCCCCUGUAAACUAAAAGCCAUUUCUUGAGCGUUUGUUUUCAAAGGUUUCGUAGCCUAUGACAAUUAUAUUAUCUUCCUCUUAUUAAUGGAUUAUCUGUCUACUCACAUAACAGUGACUUUGGCCAUAAAACAUUACUUUCCCAUGGCGUCACUCGUCCUCGUAUUUUCUCCAGCCACUCCGUUCUUACACCCUUUUAUACAUAUAUCAAAUUGUUACUCUGACGUGCAAAAGAGCAAAGUUCCUUCAGUGACGUUUGACUCAUGAUAUAAAAGACGACAAUUAUGGGCAUAACGACCUGAUUAUUAUCUCAUCAUGUCACCAAAAAGUCGCCUCAGGCUCCUCCCAUAAUCACCGGGUCGACCCGGACUCCGGAAGCGCGAUAUUUUAUUAAUACAGAUGCUAUUCGGAGGAAAAACUCCCACAGGAAAAGGGGUCUAGUAACCGGGUUUGUGGUUAUUGCCAUGGUAAUCAUUCCGAGAUGCCGAUAAAAUAUGCUAUUGGGAAUUUGCAUGAGUGUGAAUUCGAAUUUAACAGGUGUUUGUUUCAUUGGCUUUAAAAAAUGAUGAUUUUUGAGUAGCGGACUGGGGGCUGAAAUGGCAGUUGAAGGCUUUGUGAAAAUUAAUUUUCCGAGAUGAUAAUGCUCUAAGGUUGAGAGCAGUAACUAUUAACUUGUCAUACGGGAAAGAAGGUAUUCGCAGGCGGUGAACUCAUCGAUUUGAAUUUUAGAAAGACAACGCUAGUUAGCGCUUAUAUUAUGAUCGCUGAGCACUUAGGCUUAGGCUUGAUUUUUUUAGGCUUAGCCUUACCUUGGCUUAGCUUUACUUACUUAGGCUUAGACUUGCUUAGCUUAUAGUUACAGUGAGGGACCGGAUCCAAUGGCAAAAAACGUCUCAUUUUGCAUCCCGGAAGGGACCAAAAUGUCUCCAAACCCUUCCCUUCUCUAAGCUAAUGAAGCCCGCUUUGAAAAGCGCGCCCUUUCCUUCAAGGCGGGCUUUUCAAAGUGGAGAUUUUUAGCUUAUGUGAAGGCUUUAGAGUCAUUUUGGUCCCUUCCAGGAUGCAAAAUGACACGUUUUUUGCCAUUGGAUCAGGUCCCUCACUGUAGACUUGAUUAAGGUUAAUUCUUCGUAGGCCUAGGUUCUAAUAGUUACCGUAAUGUACGGACAUCGCUCUUCUUUUCCGAGGGAAGAGAAAGAGGAAAUUUUUGUGGAACUUUCGGUCAAUUUUUCUCGUCGGCCGGGCGUAUUCCGCAGCUGGAAAAUGGCUCUUUUUACCAAAGUUGACCUGCUCUAUCCACCUGUACUAGUCAUUUUUCCAAACGCCGGGGGAAAUUCGGACCAUUCCCUUUUUAGCAGUUUGCAUGAGAUCUGCGACUACCGACUUGUGCUUAGGCCGUACCUUCUACGCCCAGUUUUUGCCACUUUAAUUCUGCAAAGCGCGGGCUACAAAUCUUUCGCCUUUCGUUUCUUGGGAAAUUGGAUUUUCAAUCUGCGUCUAGUUUGUUCAAGAUUUAACCGAUGCAUUUUUAGUCAUCAUUUAGUAAACGUAAAUCUGGCUCUAGCUGCAAGAGCCAAAAAAUAAUAUCUUUCGGUCAGUAAAUCAUCAAAUCAAAUUGAAACCAGCUGUUUAUCGGUCUGUCGGGAAAAUAAUGAGUACAAUGUCACUGCGCCAAUCGUGUCGCUGAAGUGAAAAUCAAUUUGAUUUUGCCGCGACAAAAUUAAUUUUCUCGGCAGCGAUGCGAUUUUCAAUGCGAUAUCAGGCUCAUUAUUUUCUCGACAAACUGAUAAAAUCCCAUCUUCUUUUUACUUUUUCAUUAUAGCCACUAGUAACUUCUUUGUUUUCAUACAAAUUCAACAGUCCAAACAAUACAGCUUGACAUCAAUUUUCGGCUAAACUUUUCCCACCCGCGCCUUUCACGUGCGGCUUUACAAAUUCGCGAAGGUUUUGAACUUUAUGAGUGUAAAAUUUCGGACGUCAAUUCGAAUGUAAUUUGCGUUCGCGGCCGCCCCUAAUCACCCUCGUUUUUGCCAUGGAAACGGACCGGAAGAGCGCGCUAUCAAUGGGAAAUGCUGUAGAGAUAAGGUUUCGGCCGGAGUUAAUCCCUGUCCUUGGCGAUUUAAUCGGGAUGGUCGUUGAUGCGAGAGUUUCAGUCAAAUAUUAAUUUGUCGGGAAAAUAAUGAGCAUUCUGUCUCAUAGAAUCGCCGCUGAGAAAAUAAAUUGUGUCGCGGCAAAAUCAAAUUUCUUUUCACUUCAGCGACGCGAUAGGCGCAGCGACAUUGUGCUCAUUAUUUUCCCAACAGACUGAUGAUAGAAAAAAACUUUUGAAAAGUUAAAGUUUACUACGCUCUUUCAAAUAUGUGUAAACUCUUUUUUCGCCUUCGCGGGCCAUUUUGAACCAUUUUGCACUGUCCAGUUGUCUGCCGCGGAAAUUUGUUUCGCGGCGACCAGAUAUUAUUUUUUUUUGUUUUUUGGCUAGCCAAAGCCAUACUUGACCAGCCUAUCCUCACAAACCCUUCAUUUGUAGUCUCUCACAACCUGACAUGCUCUUAAGUGACCCUGAAACGGUCUUAACAUUUCGCAGAAGGAUCGAAAUUUGAAAUUUUUAUAAAACGGCAACUAUCACCUGCUGUAGAGGUUGAGUGGAUCAACUAAUAAUUCAUGUCAGGUCGAAGGAUAUUAUGAAUAAAGUUUUUGUGAGGAUGGGCUGGCAAGGUAUGCUAUUCCGGCUAACCAAAAAAAGCAAAAAAAUGAUUUUGCUUUCCCAAAUAAGCCAUUUUUCGUCUUUCUCCCCAAUCAUCGCGGUCCACACACAAAAAACACCUUUAAACCAAUUUUAGUCAACCUAUUUUUAGCAUAUUUUUUGUUUUUACAUUCCAGUAUCAUCAUUCCAAUUUCAUAUCCAAGAUAUAAAAAUACAUCCGCAUUCCUGUCCCCUCUCCCUUUCAUUAACUCAAAGUGGUUGUUAUCGGAUUUGCCAACCGAAUCUUCUUAUCCUUAUUCUGUUUCAUAAUAUUUUUUAACUUGUGGUAUGCCAAAUAAACAGCAGCCUUGCUCGGAUGGCAUGCCACGGAAUCUGAGGAUUUCUGCAAAAUGGGCUUUUCAUCUUCUUGGCAAGGAAAGGGGAGCAAAAACCAGUUUUGAGGAAUUAGUCUGCGGCUAAUAGCAAAAGAUCUUUAAUUUUUCGUGCCUUAUGCCCGUUUUCUAUCUCGAUUAUGUUUUCUAGCAGCUGCCAAAGAUACAAUAUCAAUUUGUCGGGAAAAUAGUAAUUGGUCGUUGCAGCAAAAUGUUUCGCUUCGUCGAAAAAAAGGGUAUAUUCGAGCACCAAAUUUCCAGCUGCGGCUAGCCGUCGCAAAGCGAUGAUGGACGAGUCCAAGGCGCCACGACCGACCACUAUUUUCCCGGCAGACUGAUGAUCUUGAGUAUCCAUGAUGAAGGAAGAAUAUGGUGUUAUUCAAAGGGCAAGAAGUUUAGACUUUGUAUGACUUCUUUUUUACAAAAUCAUGAUGCUAAUCCGUUCGCAGAGUCGCUGGAAUGAUCUUGGCGACAUGCGCUGUUCGAAAACAAAAGUUCAUUUUGCACUCUGCAAUUUCCGGCUUCGUUCACCGUGCAAUAGGCUUUUUUUAGAUGGUCAGAGUUCGAGUGACAGCCGAAAGAAGCCUAUCGCACAAAACGAACUUUUUGUAGGGAAAAAAGAAAAGAUUAUUAGUAAAUAUAAUACAUUAAAUAGUCCUUAUCCAGAGCUUUCUAACGCUAUAUUACGCAAGUUUCUUAGCCACAUCACCGUUGCAUAAAAAUAAUUUUUUUCAAAAAUCAGGUAUAUUUCAAAUACUUUCCAUAAAUGGGGGCUGUUAAUCGCAACGCUAGGAGUUGAAAAAGGUUGGAAGAUGUUCAGUUAGCCUCUGAGUUAAUUAACCAGCAAAAAGAUGUAAAUUUUGUCCUUAUUUCCAUUAGUUUCACCACAAUCAAGCUUGUGAUACCUAAAAUCCGGAAAAAAAUCCUAAUUUUUUUAAUCACAGUCCAAUGUGAACUUUUGUUUUCGCACAGUGCAUGUCGCCUAAAUCACUCCAGCGACUUUACGAACGGACUGGUAUCAUGAUUUCGUUAAAAAAAGAAUCAUAAAAUAAUCUAAACUUCUUGCCCUUUGAAUAACACCGUAAUACCGUAUGAAAAUCCCUCAUCUUUGAUAUCCAAAGUACUUGCUUCCACAAGUCACACUCAUUUUUGUCAUUUCAUGUCCCUACAGUGGACAUCACUACAGAUUUGGGCCCUUUAUCCAUAAUCCUUAUAGCUCUGUGUUGCUCAAAGUCCGCUAAAAAUACAGCGGCGUAAAAAUAUGUAGUGCAAACCGAAAGAUUCGGGCGGACCCGGAUGCCUAUAAAAGGCACUCACAUUCUUCAUUCGAAGGUGUAAAGCGAGAGAGCUUAACAUUUCGCCCGCCCCUGGGUCGAAGUUUUUACGUGGGAAUUUGAGCGUGUUUCGGCGAAACUUUGUUCGAAAAUUCGGUUUCUUCACUUUGCAACGCGUUUAAUUACCGUUUAUGGCAUAUUCGUUGAAUACGAACGUACCGAACCUUGUCUAUCAGUCUGUCGGGAAAAUAAUGAGCACUCUGUCGCGUUGAAAAUUGUGUCGCUGAAGUGAGCAAUUUGAUUUUGCCGCGACACAAUUCAUUUUUCACGACGGCGAUACGAUUUUCGCUGCGACAGAGUGCUCAUUAUUUUCCCGACAGACUGAUAUAAAAGCAAUUUUUUUUUAUUUUUAUUUAUUUUUUUUUUGAUUCUCCUUUAGUUUCAUCUAUUUUUUCAGCCUCACACCACAACAAACGAACAAUAUGCUCUAGAUACCAUGUCCUCGAAAUGUCGGCCAAGUUCCCCAAUCUUCAUCCGCCCUUUUGCAAUUGCACCACACAAGAGCUUCAGAGCCAGCUGAACUCGGAAUGCGGCCACAUUUUUCGCCAGAUUUUGGCGCAGUUAGACGGUCUCAAUGGAGUGUUUGCAACGACCACAGUGGACCCUUUAGUUUUAGCGGAGAAACAAAUGAAUGCAGACUUGUUCAGCAUCGCAAUUCUCAGCCUUUUCGCCAGCAUCAUUUUGUUGCUCAUGGUGCGGGCAAUCAAGCCGAGCGAGACUUUGGAUGAUCAGGUAAGCAGGUUGAUACUAUCAGUCUGUCGGGAAAAUAAUGAGCACAUUGUCGCUGCGAUUAGCGUCGCUGAAGUCGAAAGCAAUUUGAGUUUUCCGCGUUACAUUUUCUCGGCGGCGAUGCGAUUUUUGAUGCGACAGAGUGGGCAUUAUUUUCCCGACAGAUUGAUAGUAAAUGUCAAAAAAAUGCAGAAAAUUGUAUAAAAAAGUGUCCGUUGAGCAAAAUGGGACUUCUGGUGCAGAUAUUACUUUCGCUCGGCGAAAAAAAAAACAUUUCAAAACUUUUUGCCCUGCCUAGCAUUUCUGAGGUCGAAUUUUGGCAAAAAAUGAGACUGUUCGGGGCGCUAGGGUCCGAUUGGCUUCAAAUUUUGAACUCUUGUUUUGUCUGGUCCCAAAAUUAAUGACUGAAAAUUGUAGCUCGCACUUUGCAAGGGCAGCCGAGAUAUUCGACAAUCUUUGCAGGCGAGAGAAAAGGGAAAAUGAAAAAGAAGAUGAGAAAAAGGUCCUUUUUUCUCUGACUUCUCCCCUCAUUUUCCUUAUUCUCUCGUAUUCAAAGAUCGUUGAAUAUCUCGGCAGCCUUUGUAAACAAUGAGCUACAAUUUUCAGUCAUUAAUGACUUCGGACCAAACAAAAAAAUAGUUCAAAAUUUGAAGCCAAUCGGAGCGUAGGACCCGAACAGUCACAUUUUUCGCUUAAAAUUUGACCUCAGAAAUAAGUAUAGUACUAGAGAGGCCAAAAAAGUCUUGACAUGUUUCCAUGAAGCGGAUGAUCAAGCGCAAAAAUUUUCAGGGCAAGUUUUUCGGGCAAUAUUGAAGGUAGAUUUCAAAUUUAGAUCCACUCUUGCCAAAUUUAUUUUGCCAUUUUUUCAGGUAACCAAUAUGUUGACUUCAAUGCGGGCCAAAUGCGAGUUCGAAGAUGAUAUGCGGCACAAAAUGAAGCUAAAACAAGCCAAGGACAGAGCUCAAAAAUGGCUGAAUGAUGCCAAAGCGAAGAGCAUCAGCCGAGUUCGGAAGCUCUCAUUUCGAGCGGCACGAUCUGGCAGUGCUGAUGGUAAGUGAAAUUUUUGGUUUGAUUAUUCGGAAUUUAGGCGCUGUAAGAAAAGGAUUACCCUCUUAAAGACGGAUUAUUUCUAUUAGCGAACCCUUUUCUUGGCAUUUUAACUCAUGACCACAUGACCAAAAUUUUCAAAAAUAUUGCCUUGGUCCCCCCUUACCAUAUUUAUCAGUUUGUCGGGAAAAUAAUGAGAUCUCUGUCGCAUCCAAAAUGAUAUCAGAAUUAAGUCGAAAAACAUCAAAAUGCUUUCCACUUCAGCUAUACGAUUGCAGCGACAUUAUUUUCCCGACAGACCGCUAAAUAUGGUAAGGGGGGACCAAGGCAAAGUUUUUAAAUCCCAAGUGCGACGCCCAUCGUCAGAUUUUCUUUAAAUUUUGCACACAUGUCGGGCAUAGACUAGAUAUCAGUUCCUGAAAGUUUUAGCUCGCGCUUUCCAGGCGCCGUCGAGAUAUUAAAUGAUCUUUUCCGCCGAGAGAGUGCGCUAAACGCGGAGAGCUGUCAGAGAGAAACCGAAACAACUUUUUGGCCAUAACUUUGGCAGUUUCGCGCGGAAAAAUUUGAUUUUUUGUAGAAACAUUAUUCUUUACGGUAGAAAUAGGUAUGAAAUUUUUCGCGCCGAAAUUCGGCAAAAAGUCUCAAAUUUCCGCUGACUUUCGAUCUAAAAAUCUCGGUUGUUUCUGCAAAGCGCGAGCUAGGAUUCUCGCCUACAUUUAAGAAAAAACUGUUCUAAAUUUGUGCCAAGUUUCAUCAAAAUCUGAACGUCGCUCUUGGGGUAUUUUUUCCGCUGUAAGCUUAUUUUUCCGCCUCCUCUAUUCCAGUCCAAAACCCACUUUUCAGCGCCCCGUUCACUCGGUUUGGACAGUCUGUCCGUGAAGAGUCAGCAAUUCUUCCCCAAUUACAACGACAUCGACUACAACAAGCGUGCCGCCAGUUUCCAAUUCCUCCCUCAAAUUGUGGUGGAGACCGCGAAAGAUGCGAAGGAAGCGAUCACCAUCGAAAUCCCCGAACCCUACGCCGAGCCGGGCUCGGAGACGGAGGAGAACUCGCGAAAGACGGACCUGCCCAGCUCGUCGACGCAAAGUCUGGUGGAUGAUUCGAGUCUCAGCGACGAAUCCGUGGCACUGGAUCCGUUUUUGGAGUACGUCACCCGGUACUGA